GUAACACAGUGGUCAUAUGGUGGUGCUCGCAUGGCGUUUGGUGGCUCAAGAACUGUGAGAUAGUGAUCUGUGUAAUACUCCAGCAAGUUUCUUGUUAUAAUCUUGUAAUCAAAGGGCUUUUCACAACACAGUGAAGUGAAUAGAUAAGUACCCUGUUGUGGUUACAUUAGCAACUUUUUGUAUGUGUCAUUGUAUGAAGGACUGUGCCAGUAGUCAGUAACCUUGAAAUGUUAUUGAGGAAUCUGCUGCACACACAUUGUUAUGACUUAUGACUGAGUAAGUAUUUAAUGGUAUAGUGAUAGCAUGGUUUCUUAUCUUCACAAGACACACAUGUGAGGUGGUGUACUCUUGGCAGCAGUGCAGCAACACACAGGACAAGAGAUUUUUGGGAAAAUGUUAUAUCUUGUGUAGCUGUGGUGUAGCACUUUGAGAGUUGGCUUAUAUCAAGACUGAAGGAUAUUAUUUUAUCCCUGCAAGUACAGUAGUGUGCUACAGUAUACUGUGCAAUAAUUGCCAAUGGCUGUUAUAUAUCUAGACCACGGUGAUCUGUAGCUCAGUGAAGGCUUAUUGAUUUGAGCUUUUCUUUUCCAAGUAAGAAAAAUAUUUAGGCUUGGUGGUGGCCAUAGAGUGGAAUCAUUAAUCAUAAUGGGAUCAUUGAAGGAGUGGGGACAGAGGGCAGGUACACCUGGGUGGCAGGAGGCUCACUAAUGCUUCCUGGCCAGGCAGGAGGCCUCCCUCCACCCACCAUCAAGGAUCACAAAUUACUAGAGGUACUGGUAACACUGAGGAACAGUUAUGAGUCCUGAGAAAUUACUGCUGUGAUGAAAAUAUAGGGUGUGUACUGCUUUACAUAAUGUGUAGUGUGUGUGUGUGUGUGUGUGUUUGUGUGUGUGUGUGUGUGUGUGUGUGUAUAGACACAUUUUGUUUUUAUUUUGAAUGAUGAAGAUUGUGAGUGUUUUGGUUGAGGUUUCAUGGAUGACUAUAAUUGCUCUGAACAUGAAGGGAACAUUAUAUCCUUUAUGUAGUUGUAAUGGUUGCCAUGUGAUAUAUGUUUUUACAGUUUAUUUCUAUACAUAAACCAUGUAUGCUUUCUUUUUAGUAUAUAUACAUAACAUAUUUAAGCAUUAACUGUUGUUGAAAACCAGGCAAGCUAUAUUCAUCAUUUAUUCAUGAAUAGUUCUUAUUGUAAGAUUUUUAAAGCAUAUUUGGAUCAAAUUUUAUCAUAAGAGCUUUAAUGUUUUAGGCACCAAUAUGUUAUUGUUUAUCUGAUGACCCCCACAAGUUGGUGAUGAGAAAAACAAACCACAGCAUCAUAGGUUGUAGCUUUGUACAUCAAAUUUGUUACAAGAAUAACAGAAAGAGUGUUGACAGUAUUUGUGUAAUUACUGUUCAUCCUUUGCUUGCAGGUGAGCAUUUACUGUCUCCUAAGAAAAACAUCAGCGGAGGAGACGUGAUCCUUGACUCUGUGUCUCCUCUUAACUCUCCGUCCUUCACCCUCAAUGAGACAGUACCAGACUUCAAUCUUGACUUCAACCUUGAUGAAGCCUUGAAAUUUGUUGGACUGAACUGCUCUGAGACUGGGGAAACUGUCUGGAAGCCCUCAGAGCCUGAACCCACCUCUGACAACAAGGAAAGCCCUGGUAAGGAGGAGGAGGACAGCGAGGACAGCUUAGACACCUUGAACGACACCCUGGACGAUAUGAUCCAGGCCUCCCAGCUUCAUCCUCAACACCCGUGCUCACUACAGGUAAGUGUCUGCCUCUCCUGUGCAUGGUCAUCCAGAAUAUAAGAAUGGGAGGAAACGACGUCCGGGGCGUGGAGGAGGGUGACACGAAGAAGAAGAACAACAACAACAACAACAACAACAACAACAACAACAAGAGGAAGAAGAAGAAGAAGAAGAAGAAGAAGAAGA